UCUUCUUCUCUUCUUCUCUUCUUCUCUUCUUCUCUUCUUCUCUUCUGCUUGCUUCACUUGCUUUGAAAAAGAUUUGAAAGAGAACCGCCCAGCAUGGCUGGAACCUCCGACGUGUCGCGUGUCGAGGCCCCGGUGACCCUGAAGGCGUAUCUGAUGUGCGCCUUCGCGGCCUUCGGUGGCAUCUUCUUUGGCUACGACUCCGGCUACAUCAACGGCGUGUUGGGCAUGGACUUCUUCAUCGAGGAGUUCACCGGCCUGCGCAAGUCCGACUUCUCCCCCGACGAGGUCAAGGACAAGUUCGUCGUUCCGUCCUGGCAGAAGUCCCUCAUCACCUCCAUCCUCUCCGCCGGAACCUUCUUCGGCGCCAUCAUCGCCGGUGACCUCGCCGACUUCUUCGGCCGCAGGACCACCAUCAUCAGCGGUUGCGCCGUCUUCAUCGUCGGCGUCGCUCUCCAGACCGCGUCCACCACCGUCGCCCUCCUCGUCGUCGGCCGCCUGGUCGCCGGCUUCGGUGUCGGUUUUGUCUCCGCCAUCAUCAUCCUCUACAUGUCCGAGAUCGCCCCCCGAAGGGUGCGCGGCGCCAUCGUCUCCGGCUACCAGUUCUGCAUCACCGUUGGGCUGCUCUUGGCCUCCUGCGUCGACUACGGAACCCAGGAGAGAACCGAUUCCGGCUCCUACCGCAUCCCGAUCGCCCUGCAGAUGCUCUGGGCUCUCAUCCUCGCCGUCGGCCUCUUCUUGCUCCCGGAAUCGCCCCGUUACUACGUCAAGAAAGGCGACGUCGAGCGUGCCAAGGCCGCCCUCGCCUCCGUCCGUGGUCAGCCGCUCGAUUCCGAAUUUAUCCAGCAGGAGCUUGCCGAGAUCGUCGCCAACCACGAGUACGAGCUGCAGGUCGUCCCCCAGGGCAGCUAUUGGGCAUCUUGGCUCAACUGCUUCCGUGGCUCGCUCUUCGAUCCCGCCAGCAACCUUCGUCGCACCAUCCUCGGUACCUCUCUCCAGAUGAUGCAGCAAUGGACCGGUGUCAACUUCAUUUUCUACUUCGGCACCACCUUCUUCCAGUCCCUCGGCACCAUCAGCAACCCGUUCUUGAUCGGCCUCAUCACGACCUUGGUCAAUGUCUGCUCUACCCCAAUCUCCUUCUGGGCAAUCGAGAGGAUCGGCCGUCGCCCCUUGCUCAUCUGGGGUGCUUGUGGCAUGUUCGUCUGUGAAUUCAUCGUCGCCAUCGUGGGUGUCACGGUUGGUGAAAGGCAGGAUGCCGUCAGGGCCAUGAUCGCAUUCAUCUGCAUCUACAUUUUCUUCUUUGCCAGCACGUGGGGUCCUGGUGCCUGGGUUGUCAUUGGCGAGAUCUUCCCGCUCCCUAUCCGUGCCAGAGGCGUUGGCCUUGCGACCGCAUCCAAUUGGCUCUGGAACUGCAUCAUCGCAGUCAUCACCCCGUACCUCGUCUAUUCCGACAAAGCCAACUUGGGUCCCAAGGUCUUCUUCCUCUGGGGCUCUCUCUGCGUCAUGUGUUUCAUCUACGCAUACCUCCUCGUCCCUGAAACAAAGGGUCUCACUCUCGAACAAGUGGAUAAGAUGCUCGAAGAGACUACCCCUCGUACUUCAGCGAAAUGGAAGCCGCAUACAACAUUUGCUUCGGAGAUGGGGCUUACGGAGAAGGCCACCCUUGAAGAAGCUGUUGCCAUCGAAGUUAGUCCAGAUCACAAAGAGACGGUUUAAGCAGAUCUCUCUAAUUGCCUCGUCUAACUGAGUACUUGAGUACUCAUCUCUUCUCGUCCUUUUUUUUUCUUUCUUUUCUUUUCCUUUUUUUUUUUUUUUGCUUCACGAUAAUUCGAGCUUUUGAGUGGCGUUGUUUUUUUCCCAGCACAGGGGUUAUGGAGUUUGCUUUCUGUUAAUAUGGAUGGGCAUGUGGAUAAAAAAGGUAUGAGGGCAUAAUACCCGGAGGGAUGUGUUUUAAUUUGUGUGUCUGUGUGUUUGUGUUUAUUUAACGAGAGUUGUCUGCAAAUACGGCAUCAGUCCAACGGCAGAUAAUGCCAGGUUUUAAAGUACUGCAACGAUGAGUUUCACCAGUUAAC